CGUCUCUGAGUUGAAUCCGGAUGGAAACGUGUUUCCCUAUUCGGUGCGGGUGAGGUGUUUGCCAUGAUUUUCUGUCUGCGUUUCCCCUUCUCUGGGAAUGGGACAGUCCUGAGUGUGUAGCAACUGUAAAGGAUACCAUGUAUCCACGUCUGCCGCUCGCCCGCAAACUUCUUGCCGCUCUUCGGUGCUCGGAAACUUCAGCCGCACUUUGCAACGUCCGUGGAGGAAGAGGUAUGCAGAGCGCCGACGAUCCACACCUCAGCAAACUCAGCGAGGAGGGAGCGAGAGGGAUACAGAGCAUCCACUCUGAGAACGUCCCAGACACUCACUACAUACCCCUGAGAAUCCUCAUCAGACCUUUCCCGCCCGAGCUGGACGAAGAGAAGGUCAAGAGUUUAAUGGAAACCAUCAAGAACCCAGAAGUGUUGCACAAAGUGCCUGCGAUUGAUGUCUUAUGGAUUAAGGGUCAGCAAGGUGGAGAUUAUUACUACUCAUUCGGAGGGUGUCACCGGUACGCAGCCUACCAGCGUCUGAACAUGGAAACCAUUCCUGCCAAGAUUAUCAAGUCCACCAUCGCGGACCUGCGGAUGUAUUUGGGAUCAUCAACCCCAAACCUUCAGUGAAGGGAUGAGGCACAUCCUGCCCGAUGCAGCUGUCUGUCUCCUGGUGCUGACAAAAGUUUAUUUUCUAAUUAUAUUCCUUAAUUAGAGAGGCUAGUGACCCUACUUGAAAGAUUUAGAGAGGCAUUCAAAAGAUUUUAUUUGUCACGCAUGUAUCGAAACAUACAGUGAAAUGUGUCGUUUGCAUCAGCGAUUGACACAGGCUGAGGAUGUACUGGGCUGUCUGCAAGUGCACCACCUUUCUGGUGCCAACGUAGCGUGCCCACCUCACAACUCACUAACCCUAAUCCUAACUUUGGAAUGUUUGGGGGGGGGGAAAUCGGAGAAUCUGGAGGAAACCCAUGUGGUCACAGGGAGAACAUAAAAACUCCUUACAGGCUGAACCCCAAUCAGUGAUUUCUGGGUGGACAAGAUUAGUGGGAGUGUGAGCCUUCUGCAUGAGGAAGAGUUUUAGCUCGAUGGGCCAAAUGGCCUAGUUUUCUCCUGUGUCUUAAGGUCUAAAGGGCUGUGGAUUGGGAACUGGGAAGUGGGACAGUCUCACUGAUGUUUCCUUUGUCCUACAUAUACAUAAAGGGCUGAAUGGCCUCACUCUGCACUGGGUGAAUCGACAAUGAGCAGUCAAGACUUCAAGCUACAGAGGUGGAAAUAGAGCCAAGCUGUGGUAGCGGAGGAUGGUGCAAUCGCAUGCUUAAACACUUGGUGCUGAAUAAGGAUGCCCGCCGUAUCCACUACCUCCUGCAGCUGAUGAUCAUGCCGACAAAAACUCCAAGCGGCUUCCAUCAGUGUGACCCCAUGCCGAGCUCUCCUCCAAUCAUCCGGUUUAGUUGCUCACUGGCCAGUGCUUACCAUAAGGAAUGUACACUGUGGGAUCUGAAAGAGUGGAGCAACACUUCCCUUCCAACAGAAAUUAAACAAAUAAAGAUUAUUUGUUGAA